AAUAAGCCGCCAUAUUAGGAAGCCAACCCCUUCUUUCAUUCGGUUAAAACGGACGAGAUUCACUUCUAGGCCUCUGUUUUCAAACGACGGAGUCAAAACAGAGUCAGGCCGCCUUGACAAACAUCCCGUUUACUUGCUUACCCGGUGUGUUUACAGCUCUGAGACAAUGGCGACUACGACUGCUACUCCGACUAGCCACAAAGGGGGCACGUGCCGCGGCGGCACACCGCUGAGCCCGACUCGGAUAACUAGACUACAGGAAAAACAACAGCUCCGGGACCUGAACGACCGCCUGGCAGUUUACAUUGAUAAAGUCCGCAGUUUGGAGUCCGAAAACGAGGUUCUCCACCUCCAGAUCAGUGAGAAGGAGGAGGUGAGGAGCCGGGAGCUGAGCGGAGUGAGGAGCCUCUAUGAGACGGAGCUAGCCGACGCUAGGAGGUCUCUGGAUGAUUCCUCCAAAGAGCGGGCCUGGCUCCAGAUUGAGCUCGGAAAGAUCCGGUCCGAGCAUGAGCUGCUCCAGCAGAACUAUGCCAGGAAGGACUCUGAGGCGGCAGGAGCCCAGGCCAGGCUCAGAGACCUGGAGGCUCAGCUGAACUCUAAAGAUGCCCUGCUGGCUACAGCGUUGUCUGAGAAGAGGGCCCUGGAGGCCUCACUGGCUGAGCUCCAAGAGCAGCUCCAAGAGCUGGAUAUAGGUCUUGCUCAGGCCAAGAAACAGCUCGCAGAUGAGAUGCUUAUGCGUGUCGACCUGGAAAACCGUUGUCAGAGUAUGACUGAAGAAAUGGAAUUCCAAAAAAAUAUACAUGCUGAGGAGGUCAAAGAGGCCCGGCAGCGGUACGAGACCCGACUGGUGGAGGUGGAUUCUGGACGGAAGGAGGAGUAUGAAUAUAAACUGACUCAGGCUCUGGCUGACAUGAGGGCCCAGAACGAGGAGCAAAUCCUGAUCUACAAGGACAGCUUGGAGAGCACCUAUAAAGCUAAGCUGGAAGAUCUGCAUCGUUUAUCUGAGAUGAACGGAUCUUCAGCCAACAUGGCUCGAGAGGAGCUGAGAGAAUCUGCCCUGAGGAUUGAGAGCCUGUCUGCCCAGCUGGCAGGACUGCAGAAAGAGACUCGUGGCUGGAGGGAUCGUAUCCUAGAGCUGGAGGUGGCUCUGACUCAGGAGAAAGACAGGAGCCGCAAGCUGCUGUCAGACAAGGACCGGGAAGUGUCAGAGAUCCGUGCCAAGAUGCAGCAGCAGCUGAAUGAGUACGAGCAGCUGCUGGACGUGAAGUUGGCCCUGGACAUGGAGAUCAACGCCUAUCGUAAACUCCUGGAAGGAGAAGAAGAAAGACUCAAGCUGUCUCCCAGUCCUUCGUCCCGUGUGACGGUGUCUCGAGCCUCGUCCAGCAGCCGCAGUGUUCGGACCGCUCGUGGAAAGAGGAAGCGCAUCGAUGUGGAGGAACAGGAAGCCAGUAGCUCUGUGUCCAUCGCUCAUUCUGCCUCAGCCACUGGACCAAUCGUUGUUGACGAGAUCGACACAGACGGCAAGUUCAUCUGCCUCCACAACACCGGGGACGAGGACCAGGCCUUGGUGGGCUACGAGAUGGUCAAAACUAUUGGAAACACGUCAGCCACCUACAAGUUCACGCCCAAAUAUGUUCUGAAGGCAGGCCAGAAAGUCAUGAUAUGGGCCUCUGAUGCCGGUGUAAGCUCCAAACCACCCAUGGACCUAGUGUGGAAAAGUCAGAACUCCUGGGGUUCAGGGGAAGAUGUCAGUGUGGUUCUGAUGAACCCACAGGGGGAGGAAGUGGCAAAGAGAACGACCACAUACAAGACGUCAAUAGACCAGGUGGAGGAGUAUGAUGAGGUGGAGGUCAUCGAGGAGGAGCUGUUCCAACAACAGGGGGGUUCAGGUUCUCCUAAGAGAGGCUGCGCCAUCAUGUGAUCCAGAUCCGCCAAUCACAUCUCUCCUCUGAGCCCAGCCACUCCGCUGCCAAUCACAAUACUACUAUUUUUCUAUCUUUUCUAGUGUGUUUCAGCUGAUUUUGUUUGAUUUGUGUCAGAGAAAAUCCCCAAAACUUUGUUUUUGUAAAUGUUUUUGUUUGAAAACCAAAUGUAUGUACUUGUGUGUAUUUCAGAACCAUUUCUUCAGAUCAAGCAGCUUAAUUUAUGAGCAGAACUGUAAGCUGUGCCAUUUUAAUCUGGUUUUUAGAGUCUGAGGUUUUAUUUAGUUCUCCUUAAAGUGUUUGUAAGUCUAAUUUCUAUGAUCAGUUUGACAACAUGCAGCCAAGCUAACGGUGAAAGGCCAGAGUCUGUUCAGUCACCAUUAGCACACUAGCUUGUUUGAAGACAGCCAUGAUUGUGUUUGAGGAAGUUGGAGGACAGGUGAAGUUAGGGGCGGAGCCUGCAGGUCUCAGAGAUCUGAACUGACACUGCAGCACAGGCCCACGCAGGAAGUUUUUCUGCUCGUUGGAUUGGUGGAUUUGACUUUGACGUGUAACUUAGAGUUCCUCCUCCUUUUAAAAGCAGCAGCAGUCAGUGGAGUUUUACUUUUUGAAGUGUUUGCAUGCUGUAGUGUGUAUCAUAGCCGAGUGAUUUAAAGUGUCGUGUUUUAUUUGAUCAUGCUAAUGGUGCUUUGUAGACAACCGGACUAAACCAUGAAGGAGAAGCCAGCUGGGUCGUUCCUGUCGGGUAUCAGAUCUGCGGCGAACUUGUCUGUGUCAAGUCCAGGUCUUCACCAAUUUAUUUAAGUCAUGUUUUUGUAUUCUAUUUAACUCCCUAUUUAGUAUCCAUAAGAAAAUUGUCCACUCUUGUUUUGUUUUAAGAUAAAACUUGCCAGAAUACUUUAAAACCCUUUACAGGCUGUUCCAGUCUGGAGGUUUUGGACAGCAUACCAAACUUUUGGUUCUUUAGGUCUGAAUCCUUUUGUGUGUUGUACUUUAUUUUUUGCUGACUAACUGUGUUAAUUAACUUGUGUACAGAAGCUUGAAUUAGCUCCGUCUUUCAUAAAAACAACAAAAUAAACUUUUAAAUGAAACCA